AUGGGGCGAGCGGCGGCAGCAGCAGCAGCAGGGCGUCGCUCCCUCUCCCACCCCCCUCUCUCUCCCUCUCCACGCGGGCCGUCGCCGGAGGAGCCACAGCCUCCACGCAGCUUCUGGCUUGCAGUUGCAGCAGCGUGCGCGGAGGCAGGCGGGGCGAGCCAAAGUGGCAGCGGCGGAUGCACGGGCGAGCGCGCGGGCGGCAGCAGCGCGGCGUCACGGCCGGGGCAACCGGCGGCGGCGCGACCGGUGAUAUGCAGCGGCCGACGAGGUGCAGCGGCGGGCGGGACGCAGCGGGGUGCAGCGGCCGGUGGUGGUGCAGCAGCCGGUGGUGGUGCGCAGCGGGGUGCAGUGGCCGGCGAGGUGCAGCAGCCGGCGGGAUGCAACGGCGGGCGCAACAACGACGAGAUGCAGCUGGUGGCGGCGCGCGGCGGGGUGCAGCAGCGGUGGCGCGAGGCGGGGUGA